AUGAGCAUUCAGUGUAGACUUCAGAAAGGUCAACAAGAUUCGAAUAUUAUUCAAGAUGACACAUUAAUGCAAAUUUUUAACCAAACUAAACAUAACAAAAAGAAGAUUAUCAAACAGAACGAACAACAAUUCGUAUGGAAACGAUUCAAUACAUUAUUCAUUGAUUAUUUUCAAGAACCAAAAACAAAACGAAAGACAUCUGACAUUAGCAAACAAGAAAUUUUAAAAGUAUUACAUCUUACUCAAAGACAGGCAUGUAAACAACUUGGAUGUACAUUAUCCACAAUGAAAAGAAGAUUUUACGAAUUGAAAUCUGAUCUUGGUUUGAAAUGUUGGCCACAGAAUUAUAAUGAAAUUUGUAACUUGCCAAUAUUUCCAAAAAUUUAUCCAUUGAGUUUGAGUUUUAUCUUGAAUGCUUCAAAUGACGAAACGAGUAAAUCUGAAUGA